CGCCGCGGCUCCGCUGCCGGGUCUGUGCCGUCGCCUCCGCCGGGGCGGAAUGUCCGAGGGUGCGCGCGCGGGCGUGGGGGCGGGGAAGGCGCUGGGACUCCUUCCGCCUGAGAGGAAGAGGAGAAGGAGGAGGAAGAGGAUGGCGGCGGCCGAGAAGGAGGAUGAGGCGGCGGCGUCGGCAGCCGAGGCCGUGAGGCGGUAGAGAGCGAGAGAGAGUGUCCGAGCGCGGACCUCCCUCCGCCCGUUUUUCUCCCCUCAGGAUGUUCGGGCGGUCGCGCAGCUGGGGAGGCGGCGGGCACGGCAAGGCCUCGCGGAACAUCCACUCGCUCGACCACCUCAAGUAUAUGUAUCAUGUUCUGACCAAAAAUACCACUGUGACUGAACACAACCGCAACCUGUUGGUGGAGACUAUUCGAUCUAUAACUGAGAUCCUAAUAUGGGGAGACCAAAAUGACAGUUCAGUGUUUGAUUUUUUCUUGGAGAAGAACGUGUUUGUGUUCUUUCUGAACAUUCUGCGUCAGAAGUCUGGCCGUUACGUGUGUGUGCAGCUCCUGCAGACCUUGAACAUCCUUUUCGAGAACAUUAGUCAUGAAACGUCUCUUUACUAUUUGCUUUCCAACAACUACGUAAAUUCUAUCAUUGUGCACAAAUUUGACUUCUCGGAUGAAGAGAUUAUGGCAUACUACAUUUCGUUCCUGAAAACGCUUUCUCUGAAGCUCAACAACCACACGGUUCAUUUCUUUUACAAUGAGCACACAAAUGAUUUUGCCCUGUACACUGAAGCCAUUAAAUUCUUCAACCACCCAGAAAGCAUGGUCAGGAUUGCUGUUAGAACGAUAACUUUAAACGUCUACAAAGUGGACAACCAGCCUAUGCUGCACUACAUCCGAGACAAAACUGCUGUCCCUUACUUCUCCAAUCUCGUCUGGUUUAUUGGGAGCCAUGUGAUUGAACUGGAUAACUGCGUGCAAACGGAUGAAGAGCACAGAAAUAGGGGGAAGCUUAGUGACCUGGUAGCCGAGCACCUUGACCAUCUUCAUUACCUAAACGAUAUCCUUAUCAUUAACUGCGAAUUCUUAAAUGAGGUGCUCACAGACCACCUGCUGAAUAGCCUUUUCCUGCCUCUCUAUGUGUAUUCAUUAGUAAAUCAAGAUAAGGGUGGAGAACGUCCGAAAAUCAGCCUCCAGGUUUCUCUGUAUCUGUUAUCGCAAGUUUUCCUGAUCAUACAUCAUGCGCCUCUGGUCAAUUCCCUGGCCGAAGUUAUUCUCAACGGAGACCUGUCGGUGUUUUUUUCAAAAGCUGAGCAAGACAUCCAGAAGAGUUCACUCAAGACUGGCAUCAGAUGCUUCAUUAAACCUACGGAGACCUUAGAGAGAUCCCUGGAAAUUAAUAAGCAUAAGGGCAAGAAGAGGCUGCAGAAGAGGCCUAAUUAUAAGAAUGUUGGAGAGGAUGAAGAGGAAGAGAGGGGGCCAGAAGACGCCCAAGAAGGCACAGAGGGCCUGUCCAAAGGCAUCAAGCCCACUGGGGAGAGCGAAGAAAUUGAGAUGGUCAUCAUGGACCGAUGCCAGUUGUCUGUCACUGAGCAAAACAUCACGGAUGAGGAAAAGAGCGCAGCCGCUUCCGAAAUGUCAAACUGGAACAGGCCUUUCCUUGAGAUGGUGUAUAAUGCCCUGGAAUGUGCUGAAUUUGAUUACUACGCUCUCUUUGUGCUGUGCCUCCUGUACGCCAUGUCUCAUAACAAAGGAAUCGAGCCAGUCACGCUGGAGAGAAUUCAGCUCUCGGCACUGGAUGCUGAGGAGAAGACCUCGUACAAUCACGUGCUCGCUGAGAGGCUCAUCAGGAUAAUGAACUAUGCCGCUCAGCCAGAUGGGAAAAUUCGCUUGGCUACAUUGGAACUUGGCUGCUUGCUACUGAAGCAGCUGGUGAUGUCCAAACAUGGUAGAAUUAUAAAGGAUGUUCACCUCGCCUGUUUGGAGGGCGCGAGAGAAGAAAGUGUUCACUUGGUGCGGCGUUUUUAUAAGGGCGAAGAAAUUUUUCUGGAUAUGUUUGAAGAUGAAUACAGAAGCAUGACUCUUAAGCCCAUGAAUGUCGAGUACUUGAUGAUGGAUGCCUCCAUUCUGCUGCCGCCAACAGGAACCCCUCUCACUGGGAUUGACUUUGUGAAGAGGCUGCCCUGCGGAGAUGUGGAAAGAACGCGGAGGGCCAUCAGAGUCUUCUUCAUGAUGCGGUCCCUGUCGCUGCACCUCCAGGAUGAGCCAGAGACUCAGCUGCCGUUGACGAGGGAGGAGGACUUAAUUAAAACCGAUGACGUCCUAGACUUGAGAAGGGGACGCAUCAGGACAUUUUGGACUUUUCAGUUAAGAACAAAAGAUAACAGUGAUUUAAUUGCCUGCACUGUGAUCACAAAAGAUGGCGGUCAAGUCCAGAGGUUUCUGGCAGUGGAUAUUUACCAAAUGAGUUUGGUGGAGCCGGACGUUGCCCGCUUAGGCUGGGGAGUGGUGAAGUUUGCAGGUCUUCUCCAGGAUAUGCAGGUGACCGGAGUGGAAGACGACAGCCGUGCCCUGAAUAUCAUCAUUCACAAGCCAGCCUCCAGCCCCCAUUCCAAGCCCUUCCCCAUCCUUCAGGCCACCUUCAUCUUUUCGGAUCACAUCCGUUGCAUCAUUGCGAAGCAGCGCUUGGCAAAGGGCCGCAUCCAGGCUCGGCGUAUGAAAAUGCAAAGAAUAGCAGCUCUCCUAGACCUUCCGGUCCAACCUUCAAACGAAGUGAUGGGCUUUGGACAUAGCUCAGCUUCUGCAUCUCAGCACCUGCCGUUCCGGUUUUACGACCAAGCCCGACGUGGCAGCUGCGACCCUACCGUACAACGCUCCGUGUUUGCGUCUGUCGACAAAGUCCCAGGUUUUGCCGUCGCCCAGUGCAUCAACCAGCACAACCCCUCUCCGCUUUCAUCUCCAUCCCCUUCGUCCAGCGGGAGCACCGGGCGCUGUGACUCUGCCACCAGCUCCACGUCGAUUCCUUCCAUGGUCCAGAGCCCGUCAGGCCUGGCAGGAAAGGACGGCGGCGGGUCUUCAGUCUCUCGGAGGCUGACAGUCACGGUGGACACUGGGUUUAGGCCUUCCGGCAGCAGCUGCAGCAGCAUCAAUCCUUGCAAAAUCCCUUCAGAUGACUCAGCAGCCACUGAGCAGCCUCAGGCAUCCUCUGGUCACUUGCCGGCAGCGGACGACUCUUCUGCGCACAACUCAAAGCCUGGCAAGAGGAGCACAGAAGCGGAAACGGCCAAUUUAUCUCCCAGCCUCAUUCCUGCCCCGCAGCCCACCAUCUCCCUCAUCUCAAACGACAGCACGGACACCUUGAGCGUGGAGUCCCUGACGCUGGUCCCGCCCAUCGACACGGACAGUAUUCUUGCCGUCGGCGGGAAUCAGCCGCCAGCCGCGGAACCAGGUGUUUCCACAGAGACCGACGGACAACAAACUUAGCCGUGCGUCAAACCGUGGCUCAGAGCGUCGGGGACGCGAGCGAGCAAGCACUCUCCUUGUUCCCGCGAGCAGUUGAGCCAGCGGAGGCGUCACUGGCUGCUUAGCAACGUCCCUCAACCCGUGUCCAUCUGCGUCUCUUGAUGAAAAUUCAGCGUGCGAGGCGGGCUUUUAAAAAUAAAGAUGGGAGGAACCUCAAAGUUCAGUGCAGGACUGGCCUUGCACGCUGGUGUUGCAGGGAGGCGGGAGGAAGGAAUUUAAGGGAAUUGGUGGCGGACGGUAUUUUGGAAGUACCUGGCUGCUUCUUCCUCUUUUCUGUUGCUCGCUUUUAAAGCCACUGUCACAUCUCACCUUCAAAAGCCAUGACUGCAACCGAGCAAACUAAACUGUCGUGAUCCGAACCAGUUUUCUGUCCAUGGGGUGCUUUUCCACUUCAUUUGGAGGAAAGGGCCGUAGACCAAGGAACUUUACUAGGGUGUGUGUGUGUGUGUGUGUGUGUGUGUCCCAUUUGGGCAAAACUUCCUUCUAGCCUGCUGAGUUCUAGUUUUCGUUUUGUUCGGAGGCAUGAGCAUUCUGUUGGGAAUCCCAGCCAAGCUGGCCACUUGUAUUUAUAGCACUGUAAAACUUUAAUAUCCAACUUGCGUGUAUUCUGUGUCUGAAAUAAUUUUAACUUGAAGUUGUACGCACAUCUGUUGGCGGGGGUGGGGUGGUUUUGCAAGCAAACACGAGAAAUUCGGGUCUUUGGCAUAACUCUAAAGGGCUUUAUUUGGAGGAACACAUGGGGGAAUUGCGGGCAAAGUUUUGUGUAAGAGAUUUCAGAGGAAUGUAAAAUAUUUUAGCAUA